UAGCUUCCUCCGCCUCUGCCGCCAUUUCUGGAGCCGCCGCCUUAGCGUGAAGGGGGAGUUCGGAGACGCUGUUGCUCGGUGGCUUGUUCGCGCCUGACUGGAUCUCUCCGCGCCCGGGGAGCCCCACAGCUUCAGCCCGAGGCUCGCCCGCCCGCUGCCCCGGCGUCUCUCCUGAUGGCGACCUCUGUGGGGAACGUGGCUGACAGCACAGAACCAACGAAACGUAUGCUUUCCUUCCAAGGGUUAGCGGAGUUGGCUCAUCGUGAAUAUCAGGCAGGAGACUUUGAAGCAGCAGAGAGACAUUGCAUGCAGCUUUGGAGACAAGAGCCUGAUAACACUGGCGUUCUUUUAUUACUAUCAUCCAUUCACUUCCAGUGUCGCAGACUGGACAGGUCUGCUCACUUCAGCACUUUGGCUAUUAAACAGAAUCCAUUGUUGGCCGAAGCCUACUCGAAUCUAGGGAAUGUGUACAAGGAACGUGGGCAGCUGCAAGAAGCUAUUGAGCAUUAUAGGCAUGCACUACGCCUCAAACCAGAUUUCAUUGAUGGAUAUAUUAAUCUGGCUGCUGCACUGGUAGCUGCAGGUGAUAUGGAAGGGGCAGUACAAGCCUAUGUUUCUGCCCUUCAGUACAAUCCUGACUUGUACUGUGUUCGUAGUGACCUGGGGAACCUGCUCAAAGCCCUGGGUCGCUUGGAAGAAGCCAAGGCCUGUUACUUGAAAGCAAUUGAGACUCAACCAAACUUUGCAGUAGCAUGGAGUAAUCUUGGCUGUGUUUUCAAUGCUCAAGGAGAAAUUUGGCUUGCUAUUCAUCAUUUUGAAAAGGCUGUGACACUUGACCCAAACUUCUUGGAUGCUUACAUCAAUCUGGGGAAUGUUCUGAAGGAGGCAAGGAUAUUUGACAGAGCUGUAGCAGCCUACUUACGAGCCUUGAGUCUGAGUCCUAAUCAUGCAGUUGUGCAUGGCAACCUGGCCUGUGUGUAUUAUGAGCAAGGACUGAUAGAUCUGGCAAUAGACACCUACAGACGUGCUAUUGAGCUACAGCCACACUUCCCUGAUGCCUAUUGUAAUCUGGCCAAUGCUCUAAAGGAGAAAGGCAGUGUUGCUGAAGCAGAAGAAUGUUACAAUACAGCUCUUCGUCUGUGUCCCACACAUGCAGACUCACUUAAUAAUCUGGCAAACAUCAAGCGAGAACAGGGAAACAUUGAGGAGGCAGUUCGCCUAUACAGGAAAGCUCUUGAGGUGUUCCCAGAGUUUGCUGCUGCCCAUUCAAAUUUAGCAAGUGUUCUGCAGCAGCAAGGAAAGCUGCAGGAAGCUCUGAUGCAUUACAAAGAGGCUAUUAGAAUCAGCCCCACGUUUGCAGAUGCUUAUUCAAAUAUGGGGAAUACUUUAAAGGAGAUGCAGGAUGUUCAGGGAGCUUUACAAUGUUACACCCGUGCCAUCCAGAUAAAUCCUGCUUUUGCUGAUGCCCACAGUAACUUGGCCUCUAUUCACAAGGAUUCAGGGAACAUACCAGAAGCUAUUGCUUCUUAUCGCACUGCUCUGAAACUGAAACCUGAUUUCCCAGAUGCUUAUUGCAACUUAGCCCACUGCUUGCAGAUUGUCUGUGACUGGACAGAUUAUGAUGAAAGAAUGAAAAAGCUGGUCAGCAUUGUAGCUGAUCAACUGGAGAAGAAUAGACUGCCAUCUGUCCACCCUCAUCACAGCAUGCUGUACCCCCUUUCUCACAGCUUUAGGAAGGCUAUUGCUGAGAGACAUGGAAAUCUCUGUUUGGAUAAGAUCAACGUCCUUCACAAGCCACCAUAUGAGCAUCCAAAGGACUUGAAGGCUAGUGAAGGCCGGCUUCGUGUUGGCUAUGUGAGCUCUGAUUUUGGAAAUCAUCCAACCUCCCACCUAAUGCAGUCAAUCCCAGGAAUGCAUAACCCUGACAAAUUUGAGGUGUUCUGUUAUGCCCUCAGCCCUGAUGAUGGGACAAACUUCCGUGUAAAGGUGAUGGCGGAAGCAAAUCAUUUCAUUGACCUCUCUCAGAUACCAUGUAAUGGAAAGGCAGCAGAUCGCAUUCACCAGGAUGGGAUACACAUCCUCAUUAACAUGAAUGGCUACACUAAGGGAGCCCGUAACGAGCUGUUUGCUCUCAGACCAGCACCUAUCCAGGCUAUGUGGCUGGGAUACCCUGGAACCAGUGGGGCACUGUUCAUGGAUUAUAUCAUCACAGAUCAAGAAACUUCCCCAGUUGAUGUGGCAGAGCAAUAUUCUGAGAAAUUGGCUUACAUGCCAAACACUUUCUUUAUUGGAGACCAUGCUAAUAUGUUUCCCCACCUGAAGAAAAAAGCAGUCAUUGAUUUCAAGUCCAAUGGCCAUAUUUAUGAUAACAGGAUUGUUUUGAAUGGCAUUGAUUUGAAGGCAUUCCUUGACAGCCUCCCUGAUGUCAAAAUUGUUAAGAUGAAGUGCCCUGAUAGUGGAGACAAUGCAGACAGCAAUGCUGCCCUCAGUAUGCCAGUCAUUCCUAUGAAUACAAUUGCAGAAGCCGUGAUUGAGAUGAUUAAUCGUGGACAAAUUCAGAUAACAAUCAAUGGAUUCAACAUUAGCAAUGGACUAGCAACUACACAGAUUAACAACAAGGCAGCAACUGGAGAAGAGGUUCCACGUACCAUCAUUGUUACCACCCGCUCUCAGUAUGGGUUACCAGAGGAUGCUGUUGUGUACUGUAACUUUAACCAGCUAUAUAAGAUUGACCCUUCCACUUUACAAAUGUGGGCUAACAUUCUGAAGCGAGUUCCAAAUAGCGUAUUGUGGCUGUUGCGUUUCCCAGCUGUAGGAGAACCCAAUAUUCAACAAUAUGCACAGAACAUGGGCCUUCCCCAGAACCGAAUCAUCUUCUCUCCUGUUGCCCCCAAAGAGGAACAUGUGCGGAGGGGCCAGUUGGCUGAUGUUUGUCUAGAUACUCCACUUUGUAAUGGGCACACUACUGGGAUGGAUGUACUCUGGGCUGGAACUCCCAUGGUUACUAUGCCAGGGGAAACUCUUGCAUCACGGGUUGCUGCCUCCCAGCUUACUUGCCUUGGUUGUCUUGAACUUAUUGCUAAGAGUAGACAAGAAUAUGAAGAUAUUGCUGUUAAACUGGGAACUGAUCUAGAAUACCUGAAGAAAAUUCGUAGUAAAGUCUGGAAGCAGAGAAUAUCAAGUCCUUUGUUCAACACCAAACAGUACACAAUGGAACUGGAGCGGCUUUACCUUCAGAUGUGGGAUCACUACGCUGCUGGCAACAAACCAGACCAUAUGGUUAAGCCAAUAGAGACCAGUGAAUCUGCAUGAAGGACUCUGCUGACACAACUCUCCCAGAAUUGAGCCUCUCAAACUCCUCUGCAGAGGAGAUGGGAGCUAAAGACAGUGCAUUUCUACUUAAUCUGCCUGGUACUCUGUGACUGAAGUGAUACAUGAUGGUGAUUUAAGAGCACAGACAGACAUACUUUGUGCAUAAUAGGGAGAGGCUGUAGAGAUUGGGAACUUUCUAUUCCAUAAGGAGUUUGAAAAAGAUUGGGUUGUGCACAUGUACUGUAUGUUUGCAAGGCCUGGUGCUUGAUGGGGAAAGUGUGAACUGUCCAUCCAAUUGUGAUUUCAUGGAUUGAUUCAAUCUUCCUAUGAAUUUCUCUCCUCUUAUGUGGAUUGGGAAUUGGAGCUUUUUAAUGUUUGAUUUCAGGUGUUCCUGUUGGUAUAUGUGCGAUUCUUCCAUGACAUGAUUUCCAACUAGUGAGUGUUGCUCCCUGCAUUAACUUCUUAACUGUGCAGAUUGAAAGGGCAUAUUUGCUGGUGUAGUCUUUUUACAGGUUUUAUAAACCACUUGAGCCUAUAUCAGCCUUUUAAUGUUUGACCUCUGUUUUGGAACUUUCUGUACUGUGUUGAUUUAGAUGAGAACUCAGUGCUUGGUUUAAAAAAAAAAAAAAAAAUUAUUCUCCUGUAUCUCAGCUAAUUGGCUUCAUGAUGACAGCUCCUAUUCUGUUGAAAAACAAAAUUGGUUUAAAAUUAAUGCCCCUGAACUGUUUUGAAAUAAACAAACUGGUGCCAAAUACAAAUCCUUCAGGAAUGAUUGUUAAUUAUGUACAGAGGCACAGUCCUAUGUACUGUAGCAAGGACUUUUUUUAAAAUAAAGAUCUGGUUUGCCCAGUUUGACCCAUUUGACCAGCGUUUCGCCUUUACUACCCCUUCUGUGCUGCUGUCAAAACAAUGUUCUGGGCUGCUGGCCUUUUACCUUCCUUUCCAUAGCUUGGCUUUUAAAUAGUUCUAUUCAUUUCAGCAGAAAUGAAAUCCCAGGUAAGUAUAGAUUUUCAUCUACUAAACAUCUGCAUCAAGUAUAUUAAUGUUUAUAAAAAAAAAAAGUAUUCCAACUCUGAAAAGCUCUCAAGUGGGCAGUUAUAUAUAUAAUUAAUUAUUGCAGUAUUUAAGGACCACCCAGAAAGGCUUUUUUCUUAAUGUGGGGGUGUCAUUAUCUCACUGAUAUGUGGUAACUUGGAGGCCAUGGGCUGUAUGUAAACUCUGAGGCUGAGUUUUGUAUUGAACAAGCAUGAAUUACCGUAAGUAAUUUUGUUCUUAAAUCUGUGCGGAGGGUCAUGGACUGCAGUUUAAAACUAAUCAAUGUCAGUCUUGCUAAGUGUGCUACACACAUCUAUUCAGUAACAGGUAACAAUUUGUCUUCUAGUGCAGCAACAGAGAACUGUGUUCAAAGUGCUGCUUUUGAUGCACCUUUUAUCUGUCUCAGUUGAUGCUUUUGAAUGUACCUUUAGGUGCUGAAUGCUGAGUGUAGGAUGCCUAGUUUUCUGGUAGAGUCUUACCACCUGCUAAUACCUGAACAAGAAAUCUUACGUGUCAUUUUCUAACCAGAAAUGACAAGGUUGGCGAGGUAAUACCUUUUAUUGGACCAACUUCUGGGGGUGAGAGAGAGAAACUUUUGAGAUUAGAGGGUAUGUUGACAUAGCACUGAAGAACCUGUGGCUAGCCUGUACUAGGGCCGGUUUUGUUGCUGUGUUGAUACUCUGGUUCCCCAUGAAGAGGAGUGCUAUGUAAGCUUAUCACUUUCACUAACAGAAAGUUGCUCCACUAAAAGACAGCCUCGGCCAACCAUGGCUACACCCCUUGUCCAUAACCAGCAUGCACAUUUAUAAAUUUUAUUCUUUAAAAGCCCAGCCUUAUAGCUUUGGACAAUUGAAACUACCUAGUUUAAACCCGUAAAAAUGAAAAGAUGGUAGCACCUUAAGAAUUGCUGCUGCAAGUUACUACCCCUGAAACAAAGCUGAACUAAAAAAAGAACUGGAGUACUGGUGGCACCUUAGAGACUAACAACUUUAUUAGAGCGUAAGCUUUCGUGGGCUACUGCCCACUUAACUUUCACGGGUGGCGUGCUCUGCAUAGGUGAGACUUGCUGGGGGUGCCCGUUGAGCUUUGUUCCUGGCGUGGGACGUUGCUGCUUUCACUGCUGCUUUGCUUAUUGUAACAGGCUUUUGUUUCCAGCUAACUGCCUAAUAAAAAGACAUCUUAUGACUACAAAUAAA